AUGACGACGCGUUCAGAGAGAGAAAAAGCCCAGAAACUGAAUGAGCAGCAUCAGGCCAUUCUGUCUAAACUGCUGAGAGAGGAGGAGAACAAGUAUUGUGCCGACUGUGAGGCAAAAGAUGCGGACAUCUCUCGUAAGGGCGAGUCUGCACAGGUUUUUCGGAAGGCUUUGUCAAUGUACAACAGGGAGCACAUUGGCCGGCACUUGCUUCCCUACCCUGACCCAGCGGCUCUGGGUAUAUGGCCCCCGUGGGUGGGUCAGCGCCCCGAUGAUGACCCGUCCUUGGUUUCUGCUCCGCGCUCGCCCUCUGCAAAUGUGAGAGUGCUGCUGAAUUUCAAAAGCACAGGGACAGUUUGGUUUCGCUGCCCGUGGCACCGUCCGGCCUUCGAUGGUAAAAUUGGCUCCAGUUUCUCGUUCUUAGACGGAAAAAACGGCGAACUUCUCAAUUCGAGUUACGUGCCAGGUCCUCGCUGGGCGUCAUGGAAUCUGGGGGUGUUCAUGUGCAUCCGCUGCGCGGGCAUCCACCGCAACUUGGGCGUCCACAUCUCCAGGGUCAAGUCGGUCAAUCUGGACCAGUGGACUCCCGAACAGAUCCAGAGCAUGGUGGACAUGGGCAACUCCAGAGCCAAGCGGCUGUACGAAGCCCACCUACCGGAGAGCUUCAGGCGGCCGCAGACCGACCAGUAUCCUACCAUUUGUGGCCCUAGGCUUCUACCCACACCGUUUAUUUAUUUUUUUUUUGUGUACAACUUGUUUGUAUUACCGCCGCUGCCACGACGGCCACAUACGAACUGCUGCCGUCACGCCACGCGUACACGAACCCCGCCGCUGUCAUUGUUCACUGAUCUAAAGCCCUCCGCAUCACCACACGCAGGCGUAGAUUAG